CUUGGGAAGCAGGAGCCAGGCUGGGAGAGCUGAGGGGGAUGAGGGUGUGGGCAAUCAAAAGGGCAGUGAACAUCCAGACAGCUGCAAAAGGGGGAAAAAACUCCCAGUUUUCAGCAAAAGAGUUCGAGUCUUUGGAGCAGUUUGGAAAUCGUCGAGAUCUGGUGAUCCAAGGUUCCAGUUCCUCCGAGCAGGGGCAGGUUUGGGUGCAGACCUGUGGCUGAACCCUGUCAGGAGUUUAAAGCUUCGGCCUGGGCUCUGUAAAUCACCUGCAGAGGCUGUAAAUCCAGCCCGGCCAGAGCUCGUGUUAUCUUCUGCUUCUGCUGCUGAUGCUAGCCAGUGUAAACUUUGCCGUACUUCAGAGGAAAGCUCUGCUGACAAACUCAGGCCGAAGAUGAAUCAACGCCCGCAGAUGUGUUGUGCAGCAGCACAAACAGAGCAGCACGUGGGUGCGUGGGGCUCGAUGCCAUCCCAGAGCCGCCCAUCCCAGCCCCGCCAGGGCAGGUUAAUCGCACAUCGAACCAUCCCCUACUCAUUCCUAGAGACCAAACUGAAUGUAAAAUUAACCCUUCCAGCUUUGGGGCUCUCCUUUCUCUUUCUGAGAUUACUUAUAUUCAGGAAGGGGAAAAAAAAAACCAACAUAAAAGGUUGCAUGGAUGUGCUGGCUCCUUUCUGCCUGCACCUGCUUCUUCCGAUUGGCAGCUCCGCUUGUGUUCUUGCGCUCAGCCAAUUCUUAAUCAAUUUAAUUGGCUCCUCUCCUCAUAUACCACCAUGUGCCCCAGCUUUGGGUGGCUGCCUAACAUAUGACACAGAAUCAGGUGCUUUCUAGAAACCCAGCCUGACUUGUCUUGCUCUCCCUGAUAAUUUGGUCACUUCUUGGAAGAUGCUGGUAGGUGCCUCCUGCAGGACCCUUGGUUAUCUCUGCAGAGCAGUUUUGCUGAAUUACCUGCUUGUUCCACCAAAUCCCUUCUGUGACUGGCAGGGUUUGAAACGAGAAGGCAGCCUGGAAGCAUUGACUGUGAGAUUCAUCACCAGGAGAUUCAUUGGAGACUACGACCCAACCCUGGAAAUGAUUUAUAGACACAUGGCUGUCAUUGACGGGGAGAUGGUACACUUCGAGAUCCUCGAUACGGCAGGACAGGAGGAGGAUUCCCUGCAGAUAGAGGAGAAGAUCAAGUGGGGCGAUGGCUUCGCAGUGGUCUACUCGGUGACGGAUAGGUGCAGCUUCGAUGAGGUGAUGCGGCUGUGCUUCCUCAUCAACCACAUCCACGCGAGCCCCAGGCGGAGCAGCGGGAGCGAGCAGCCACCCGUGGUCAUCGUGGGCAACAAGAAGGACUUGCAGUUCGACAGGAUGGUGUCCACCGAGGAUGGCGAAAACCUCUCUAAAGCUUUGAAGCUUCCUUUCUACGAGAUCUCUACCCGGGACAGCUAUGAAGAGACUGUGGCGGUGUUCAACACCCUCUACCAGGAGCUCAUGAGACAGGGGCAUUUCUCCCCGGGCUCCUUCAAGAGGAGGACAGUGUCGAAGCUGAUGGAGAAGAUCCCAAGGAUGCAAGCCAGCUCCACCUUGAACUCAGCAGGCCGGAGCCUCAGCUUUAACUCUUUCAGGGACUACAUCCCUGAGUGAGCAUCCCCAGUGUGGAGGCGAGAGCGACGGCCAAGCCGGGACGGAGGGACAGGUUAUCCCGCUGCGAGGGUGCCCGCUGCUGCCGCCCCAGGGCUGAGGGACAGCUCGUGAAGCUCCCAGGAGGGGAUGGUUAAGAGGUGGAGAGGGGAGGAUUGGGGUACAACAGCCUUUUAAAGCCUGUAGGUUUUUACAAAUGGGAUUUAUGUCAGCAGGGAAGAUGUUUUUUUGUCCAUCUUACACCUUUGCUCCCUCUUCCUCCUCCUGCACGGCUGAAGUCAGUAGUGGAGGUGGUUUGCAGUGACUUCAGUAGUGUUGGGUCAACGCUUGGGGGCUCGGAAGUGUUUUGGCGGGGAUCAGACCCAGCACAGACACAUCUGUAGGUGUUUUCCUUCUCCUCUAAGACAGCUUGCUGGGUCUGUUAGUGCCCCAAAGUGUGCACCUACAACACUGGGGUGUUCCCAAGGGUCACGCUGGCUCCCAGGCUGUCGUCAGCCAUCGCUCUCCCAGGGAAAACAGUUGUUGCCUCUGCUGCUCCGUGUUGCUGGUGGGUAAAGUCCCCUGCCUGCUCAAACCCUGGGUGGCGGAGGGCUGUGUGCCCCUCUGCCUCCGCUGCGGUCCUCCCCAGAGGCCCAGCCCAGCCAGGCUGCCCAUCCACAGACACCAGUGUCCAUCUGUUGGAGCCUGGGGCUGCAUUUCCAUCCCAGUUUUCCUCUGGGUUUGUGACCUGAAGCCGUGGCACAGGGGCAGACCCCACGUCCCCCCACCUGCGGAGGAGCUGCAAGGCCCCAGCAUUGCUACAGCCCUUCUCCCCCCAUGCCUGCUCACAGGCUGGCACCAAGGGCGUGCUUAAAGCUGAACUACAGAUCUGUUUCCAGUGAGGGGAAAAAAGCCUGUUAAUCCCUGGCUUUUCUAAAAAAUUUUUUUUUAAUAUUUGGCACACUCUAAUAACACUGUAAAUAAGAUCCUGGGCAAAGGGCAGUGAUGAUGGCAAAUGCUGUUUCUCCAUCCCAGGCUGAAGGCACCACAUGCUUGACAUUUCUGCCCCUUCUCUUACAUCUCCAUCCCACUCAGGGCAGCCCAUCUGCAGGCAGAGGCAGAUCAAACAGACUGCAUCUCUGACGCACAACAAAACCUCAGGCUAAGGUCACACUCCUCCAUCCCAGAGGAGCAGCAUUCCCGGGGCAGUUUCUCCCAUUCUGCAGCACCAGCAGAACUGCUGGGUGCCAGUUUGAAGCACAGAUGCAGCCUAGCUGAUACCAGGAGAUGGAAAUGAUGCUCCUAGCAGGGACCCCCCUUGUCUGCUUAUUAAUUGCCCCGUCCCCACAGGGAAAAUCACCGUGGCCUGAGAGUUUGUCUUUUUGCACAGAGACAGGGCAGCAAAGGCACAGAAAUGAGCAGGGCGUGGAGCUAGCAGCAUCUUCUCCCUGUGGCAUUGUCUCCCUCCCUCCCUCCCGGUGGACAUGCUGGGAGACCCACAGUGCAAUGUGCCCGUGUGCCCCCCCACCGUGACCCAUUGCAUUGUCUGCUGCUGCAUCCUGUGACAAUAAAAGCCAAGU